GAUGUUUGCUCGUCCGUCGGUAAAGGUGUUACUACUUACAUCAGCUUGAAAACAACGUCGUUUCGACUGAACUAGAAAAGUUCGCACGCUAAUCCACGAUUAGAUCAGUGCAAUGCUUGCCUUGAGACGAGACGGUUCAUGCUGUCAGUUCUCGUUGAAAGUGUCGAAGUUAGUGACGCCGAACGAAACCACACAGAACAUUUAAAAAUCAUUGAAAACAGUUGAAAAUUACUUGCGUCAUAUACACAAUUGAAGAAGCAAUAUCGAACGAUCAGUCGAAAUCGGACAAACAGAAAUAGUUACUCCAACUAUUGGUUCUCGAUUGGUGCAUCGAACUUUGCCAAAGAUUUAAAUCUCCCGCGUUCUCUGGUGAAAGUAUCGAAAGAAAGAAAAAAAUUAGAGAUACGUUCGUAGUUAAAUUAAAAGUAGAAAUUUCGAGAUCGAAUCCAGUGAGUAUACACGUAUACGCGACUCGGUGGAGAAACGGCUCUUUACUAUUGUGAACAGCCUUGAAAGUAGACGCACAAGUUUGGUCGGAAAUAAAUCAUUUUCUAUUAAGCGCCAACGUAUACCAAGCUUCACGAGGAACUUCGAAAAUCGCAAAUCUGACGAAGUGGUAGCCGCAAGUUCAUGCUCCUGUCGUAGUUCAUAGAAAAUUUAUUCGAGGAACCGUCACAGUGAAUGAACAAAACUUUCGACGAUAAAUCAGAGUCAGUGAUCACUUACGCGCAUCUGACAGUUGGCAAAUUAACGUGAAAGAGCGUAAUAAUAAUAAUAAACUCUCCUAACCAGCAUCGUUUUGUCAUUGUCGUCUGGAAGAGAGAUCGUGCGCCGACCUCCCAAAAAAAUCGCGCCUCCAGAAGCGAUCCUGAAAACGUGCCAAAGCUUUCAAUUUGAGAGAAAAGGAAAAACACGUCGCGGUGAUCCUGGUGAUUGAACUCGCGUUCGAUUUUUGUCGACUAUCGAAUGGGAGAAAAGUGGAGAGAUAAACGGUGGAAAAAUGAUUACCGUGCCGAUAUCCGUUUCCAGUCCUUACAUGAAGGUUACGUCCUACAGCGAUGCAAGCGCUAUUGGCAAAAAGCCUGCAGUUCAACAAUUCCUCAGAAAUAUGAAGGAAAACAGGGAUGUCCCUCAAAGAUCGCAGAGCAGCGCGGCGAGCCUGAUGUCUCUAGGUGCUGACAUAUCUCCAAGCUCUUCUCAUUUCUUCGAGGUGCUCUACGUAGGGAAAAUCAGAGUGUCGCAUCCGAAGGUGUCGGAGACCUUUAUAGACGAUGCGCUAGUAAGAUUUCGCGUUCACGGUCUCGAGAAAUCGAGACCAUCGGCGACUAACUUUCUUUCCGAGUAUCAACGUCAAUCACUUUUAACGUCUUCCAAUAACAGGAGAAACAGCACGGAAUCCAGUGCUAGUGAGGCUGGAAGUAUAGAAAAUGUAUCCGGAAGUGGUAUCAUAUCGCCGGUCAACUCGCUGGGUGUACCGUCGACGCUUACCGGGUCGGUGGAAACGUUUCCAAAGACGCAGAACGCCAAUCUCGCGGAGAAAGACGAGCGCGAGGAGAACCGAGACGUUACGAACAAUAAUUCCAUGCAAGUGCCGGAAGUUAUGCGAACACGGGCGUCUUCCACGGGCAGCGUAUUGAAUACCAGGAGGGAUUCCUUGGCGAGAGGGAGUGACGAACAUAAUCGCACGAUGCUGUUCCAGGUAGGCCGGCAUGAUUUGAGACUAAUCAGCCCGGAUAGGAAGCAAGUGCUGCUUCACAAACAGCUCAGAGACGUGGCCAGUUGCGUACAAGGCGUCAAGAAUCCAGAACAUUUUGGUUUCAUUUGCAAAGAGAAUAACGUAGAGUUUUUUAUCGGCUACGUAUUCAAGUGCCAAUCGGAAUCGGUUGCGGAUGAUCUUGUUGCCGCUAUUUCGCAAGCGUUUGUUGGAACAUGCGAGGUUCCAAGAAAGGAACGAUAUCCCGUAUUUUCAUGCGAACACUGCCCGAUGUAUUGGUAUAAUAAGUUGUGCCAGGAAAUCGAAGGACAAAACGAUAGGAGGACACAGAAUAUCAUUUUCACACGGAUGGAAAUACUGCCGGAGGAUGAGCAGGAAAUUGUCGUUACUAAAUACAAAAAUGCCGAAGCUGCUGGCGGCACAGGGACAAGUUUACGCGAGCAAAAUCAAUUUUUAAUGAGGCUGUUGCGUGUCCAUUGCGAAGCGAAACAGGCCAGACACGUGCAUGACACAGCGGAAAAUAGGAGUGAAUUUCUUAAUCAGUACUUAAGCGUGGGUGUCGGAAGCACAAUAUUCAUGAAAGCAAAGCGCUCGCUUACAAAUAGCUUUGAUAACCUCAUGAAGAGGAAGGGUUCGCGGGACGACCUUGGACUUGGUUCACAUUUAAAAGAUACGAGCCACCUUAACACUGUGAUACAAAAAAGCGGUAGCCAAAGCCCCGAUAUGUCGCGACAGUCAUCCAUAACCGAUAUUUCGCCGGAUUCUAACAGGCCCAGAUCUCUAAGGGUUUCGCCUGAACAGCAGUUAACCGUGAACACUGGACCAAAGAGUUCUAUGAUGGACAUAUUCCUGAAGGUGGGAAAUUCGCCAAAAAUGUCUCCAACCGAGGCGGAUGGAAACAAUUCGGUGCAUUCGAAUAGCUCGUGGAGACAAGCUAUUUUGAAUCGAGUCGUAACUCCUAAUAAAGAUCACGAAAAGGAAAGUGAUAAACCAGGAAAUAUUAGUAUCAUUAAAUCCCCUCAAAUGAUGCCAGCGCGCAGAACAAAACAAGAAUUGAGGGAACUUUGGAAGAAAGCAAUCAAUCAGCAAUUGAUACUUAUACGCAUGGAGAAGGAGAAUGCGAGACUUAGAGUUCGCCAAGAGGAAGCGACUGUUAAGAGAAUAAAAUUGGAAUAUGAUGAACUUAGUAGCUGCGCUCGUGAAUUAGUAGAAGUGUGGGACCUUCUUGUAAGUAAGGAGUCAAGGAUCUCUACAAAAUGUGAUAAUCAAAUGCUUUUACACGCUAUUAAACAAGGUGUACCAAAAGGAAAAAGAGGAGAAGUAUGGCAAUUUUUGGCCGAACAAUUUUGUUUGAAGCAACCGCCUAUAGACACGCACGAUUUUCCUAAUUACAAUACAGCAUACGAUUUACUUUUAAAACAACUCACGUCUCAACAACAUGCAAUUUUAAUAGACUUGGGGCGAACAUUUCCAAACCAUCCGUAUUUCAGUUCACCUCUGGGACCUGGACAGUUAGCUUUAUUCAAUUUAUUGAAAGCUUACUCGCUUUUGGAUCAUGAAGUUGGUUAUUGUCAAGGUCUUAGUUUCGUGGCUGGGGUCCUUCUGUUACAUAUGUCAGAAGAUCAAGCCUUUUUUCUUCUGCGACACUUAAUGUUCCGAAGAGGCCUAAGGAAAUUGUAUCUUCCCGACAUGGCAGCAUUGCAAUUGUAUCUGUAUCAAUUAUCUAGGCUAUUGCACGAUAGGUUAUCAACAAUUUAUAAUCAUUUCGACAAGCAUGAAGUUUCUCCUACGCUGUACGCUGCACCAUGGUUAUUAACUCUAUUUGCCAGUCAAUUUCCACUUGGUUUUGUCACUAGAGUUUUUGAUUUACUGUUUUUGGAAAGCACUGAGGUACUUUUCCGAGUAUCGAUGGCUUUAUUAGAAGAACACCAAGAUCAGUUAUUAAUGUGCGACAGUUUUGAAGAAAUUAUGGAAUACCUUAAAACACGUGUGCCAGCUGUGGAUAAAGAGAUUCUGGAUCGUGUUAUGAAACGCGUAUUCUAUCCGGAUCAGGAGAUUACGAAGCAAUUGAACGAAUACAGAGUGGAAUACCAAGUAUUGCAGGAAGAAAUGAUGUCGGUGAAACCGCAAAUCGAAAGUCUGGAGAAGUUCAAAAUACUUAACAAGCAACUUACGCAAGAAGUCGCUCAACUCAAUGAGCAACUCGAAAUUACUAUGAGUAACUUGCACCGUUUGGAGACAGGACGAUCAGUACAGCAAUCGACUCUAUUGAAACUUGAGUCUCACAACCGUAGUCUCGAAGUUACUGUCGCCACAUUGGGUGCGUUCAUUCAACAACUCUCCGAAACUCGUCCAGACAUUGAAUUUCCUGGUGAAAUUCGUCGAAUAAUUGCUCAGCUGAGUCUCGCUGAGAAACGAAGAAGCACAACCGGCCGAUCGUUCCCUCUAAAAGUGAUCGAGGACAACAACAAAAUGGGAAUGAUUAAAAGUAACUCGACAGGAAGAGAAUCUCACAAUUUCUUGAAAAAUAACAGCGUAGUGGAUCCCCCUUAUCCUUUAAAAUCCACGCUGAGCCAACCAAACUUGGCCACAAAACUCGAGAAAGUCUCGUCGUUUUUCUCGAACUCGCACAAUCAUAUUCAGAAGCAACGAGCACAAUUGGCCGCUCUUAGAAACGAGUACGCAAGCGAACAGGUUGUCAGAAACGACGAGAACGAUCCGAAAACCGUCAACAUUGACAUUCAAAUCACCGACGCGAUGAACUCGACCGAAGAGCAGGACAUACCGCAGAACGAUGAUAAUCAUUUGAAGAUCCAGCCAAUCAACUUAGAAAAAUCGGCUUCGCUGCCAUUGAACGCGAAGAUAAAGCUGAAGUCGUCCAAGUCCGCUUACGAGCUGGGAUCCGUUAAGAAAGUACCGAUUACCAAGUUGGAAGUUACAAAUGACGACAACGUGACGAGUUUAACUGGAACGAUACAUCCGCUGGAUUCCUGUAGCGACGUGAACUUCAGAUAUGGCGGAACAACGAAAUUAAAGUCGAUAAAGCCAACGAGAUUUCCAAGUCCAAGCGGCCAGGACGAAGGUGUGAGCAAGAACGGCCAGAGCCAGAAUAUGGAGACGUUGAACAGAUAACAAUUGCUGAUGAUGCUGCGUUCACGGAAGAUACCUUGGAAGAUAACUAACUUGAGAAAAGUCUAUCCGAAAAGCUAACGGAACGGAACAUUGUCCAGGUUUUACCUUUAUAUUUGUCGUUCUCUCUUAUAUAUCUUACAAUAACUUUUUGAUACGGCAACGAUCAAUUUUCAUUUUUUAACAAGAUAUAUCCGUCGUUCGUAAGGAGCAGUUUGUUGAUCAAAAUAUGCUGAGACUCGCACUUUCCUUUUACUUGUACCAAUGAUUUUAAUAUCAAGUGAUAAAGAACGGAAGAGAAGCAAAACUUAUAUAUAACAAAGUCAAUUUAUAAUAUAUAAAAACACGGCGAAUAUUGUGUGCAUGCGUAUGUAUGGGUGUGUGCGUCAAACAUAGUACGUAUCAUGUAUAUAGAUAAAUGAGAAAUUUAGAGAAGAAGAAUUAAGAAGAAUGAGUACAGCCGACUUAGUAAUUCUCAGAAAUUAAUAUAAUAUAUUCAUUGCUGAUGAGAGGUUUGUUUGGAACGACAGUAACACGAUUUCUAUUGACUUUUGCGAAAUAACAGAAUUGUAGAUAAUCGUAAUUGGAGGAUAUAUUAUUUAAUAAAGUAACGUGUUACUAAAUUUCUUACAAUCCAGCAAGUAGGAGUCAUAUCUGUAUCAAAAUGUACACUAGUUUAUUACAAAAUUGAUAGGAAUUCGUUUAAGAAAUAAAUAUUAAAUUAAAGGAAUAAACGUUGUUUGUUCGAUUAAUGAUACAUCUUUUGUUAUUAGUAUAUAGUUGCCCGAAAUCUUUAUUUAGCCACGUAGCAAGUUUAUUAAUGGAUGAGAUAAUUUAAAUUUUCGAUAGUCUUUCCAAGUUGUUCAACAAUUCCUGGCUAACGAUACAAAAUAUAUCGUUGCAUUAAUAAAAACAUAGUUUUGACGAUAAAACAAUAAUUUUUUCAUUCAAUUACGAAGAAUUCCUAUUAAUUUUGUAUAAAUCGUCGAGCGAAGUGCCAAACUUUUUAAAAAAAAAAGAAAAAAAAAUGUUUUUAAACUGUAAACAUCUUGUGUAUAUUCAAAACAUAUUUAUAAGAUAUAAUUUAUAUAAUUAUUGUGCACUGUGUAAGAUUCGAGGAAUCAGCAAGUAUUAUUACUAUUUUUGCACAAAGGAAAGCCUUGUGAUAUCAGGGAUAUAUAUGUAAUAUUUAAUAUCGUUUUAACAUUCUUAUAGGGAAAGAGAUCAUUUUUUAAAUAUGAAAUAAUGAUGCCGUAGUUCAUAAAAAAAUACUCAAAAUAAUAUCAAUAGCAAAUUCGUACUCUUAUCGCGUGUCUCGAUUGAUCUUUCCGUCUAUAACAAGGCGAUAAAUAUUUUUCACUUCAAAGUAACAUAUUGUAAAAUGAGGAAAUACAAAGAAUGUUUCUGUAAGUUUGUAUAGCAACCACUAGGAAGGAUAAAGUAUUUUAUAGUAUUAAAGUUUCUAUCUUCCGAAUAGCGAUUUUUACGGGUAGGUAAAACUAGGAAUUUUAAUCGUAAAUUGUGAUGAACAAUUAAGAGGUAACGUUAAUAUAUUUAUAGCUUUUAUGCACAUGUUACUGUUAGUAUAUAGAAACUAUUAUUCUAAUGUCGAUAUACAUAAUAAGAUGCAACCGUGGACAGUCGUUUGUUCCCCAUACUUAAUUUUAUUGUGAUAGCAGUCAAUUUAUUUGAUUAAAGAAGAGGAAAUAUUUUAGGUAUAGGGGGGAGGGGAGAGAGAGAGAGAGAGAGAGCAUCAUUACUGGGAAAAAAAGGAACUGUGACAAAAUAUGAGUUUAUACUGUUUUAUACACACCGAGAAAAUUAUAUCGAAAAUUUCAUACAUCCAUUUUUUUUGCAUAUCUGACUUGUAAUGUAAAUAAAGCUUUUUCAAAUCUUCUGUAAAAUAUAUAUGAAUACGACAUUUCGAUCAUAUCAUAGACAACUGUAAUGUUCCCUUAUGAUAAAACUUCAAGUAUAAAAUAAAUAACUAUAUUACCACAGA